AUACUAGUAUUUCUGUGCUGUGAACAGUUAUCAACGUGUAUUUGGCUGUAUAGGGGAGAAUUUUAAGUUGUUCAAAUUGUUCUAGUUAGGUACUCGGUACUCGGUAUCAAGAUGCAGAGAAACACCCGUAUGCAGCGAGAACUUAGCAUUCUAAAGAAGGAACCACCGCCUGGAAUCUCAUGUUGGCCAGUUGACGACCAAAUUGAUAAGCUGCAAGCAGAAAUCUUAGGUUCAAAAGGAACACCCUAUAGUGGAGGGACUUUUAAGCUGGAAAUUCAACUUCCUGAGAGAUACCCAUUUUACCCUCCUAAAGUGCGGUUUGUUACUAAAAUCUAUCAUCCAAACAUUGAUGGAAAUGGCCGCAUCUGUCUUGACACUCUUCAAAUGCCUCCAAAGGGAGCUUGGAAACCAGCGUGGAACAUUUCAACUGUGCUGACAUCGAUCCAACUUCUGAUGGCAGAACCAAACCCAGAGGAUCCACUCGAUGCUGAAAUUUCUAAUGAAUUCAAGUACAACAAGCCACAGUUUCUUGAAAAAGCAAAAGAAUGGACUCAAAAGUAUGCGACUAGUAACAAAGUUACAGCUGCUUCAGUAAAGGUUUCUUCAAGUGACACUCAUGUUGAAGCUGAGGACAGCAGUGACUCUGAUGAUGACAGCAGUGAUGAAGAGAAUCCAGAAAACAACCCUCCUGUCCACCCCAGCCAGGGGGUCAAGAGAGCAGCCUCUGCACACCUCCCUAGAGAAACCAAAACACUGAAACAAAAUAAUGAAUAGCCUUGUUCAGAAACAUUCUGUGAUAGGAUCAGUGAACAAAUUAAAUUUAAUUCGUUAUGAACUCAGAAGGCUACCCUUAACCUGUAUGCCUGAGUCAUUUGAAAAAUACAAUGUAGUUUCAUUUUGUCAAGCUUGCUAGUUGCAUUUGUUGACAUUUUCUUAAAAAAAUACAAAAUUCUUUGUAAUAAAUUGAGUAAAAACCACUGUAUAAGAAAUAUGUAACAAUUCAUGAAAUAAAAUAUUCAGUUCUUCAA